AUGUCAGCAGCAGCAGCAGCAGCGGCAGCAAACAAGGGGUUGGUGGAAGGGUCUCCGACGGCUGGAGCCUCUACUUCAGGGCGGGAAGGCUGUCCGCCUUCCUCUGGGACUGGCGAAGGCCUCCAAUAUCAGCAACAGUAUCCAGUUUCGCUGCAGCAACAGCUUGCGGCCCAGGGUAUCCCUCACGGUUACCCUGGCAUGCUUGAGGGAGGGCCUGUAGAUCCAACCCAAGCUCAGGUAGCUGCCUUCGCUAACCAGACCGCAAUGUAUGGUCCUUACGGAUCUCCUUAUUCACUAGCUAUGGCUCCUCCUCCCACGGGGGGCCCUUACUUUCCCGGCAUGGGGGCUCAACUACCCUUUACCGGCCUUGACACAUUCACUUUGCCAGGGCCCGCUUACUAUGACCCGUAUGGAAUGAUAAACCCAGCGGCGUGCGUAGCCCCCGUUCCUCCCCCAGAAAACCGGGAGGUGGAGCAACCGAAGCACCUACGCAGGAAAGCUAGCAAAAAGUGGUUUGGUUGCUGCUAA